GGAGUACCUAGGUACCUAGGUAGAUAGUAUAAUUUGAUCUUUUUCUUUUUAGAAAAUGAAGAACCCAUUCUUAGACCAUUGCGACCCAUACUACAAAGUAUGCCUCAAAACAAGUGUCUUGCCGUCAUGGAGACAAGCACCUAAUUAUGCAAUGAUAAGCAUAAAUAAGUUCUCUAAACCCGAAUCAUAAAGCAAUAUAGGUAGGAAGCAUAACUCCAACGGCAUUCGGUGUUAUGAUACUUCGCGAUGAUAUGACUUUACAACAACUCAUUGACCUAGAAAUAGUAUCAGAACAUAUCAGAUAAUUAGUCAAUCCCGCACGAGCAAUCCGUUGAUGACAUAUCUAAGAGUGCGAAGCCGUAACGGAGUUAUGAAUAGGCGUGGGUUAUUGCAUGAUAUCGACUGCUAUUCGGCUUUCGCGCUUUCCGUAUUGCCGCAGUAUCUUCCCCUCCUUGCGUCGGCGUGGAUUAUCCAGUUAUGAUACCAAACAUAGAAAAGCAUUAAAAAACUCUCGUGUGAAUCGGGAUGGAGUAGUUGGGUAGCACCUAAAUGAGAGUAGAAAUCAACUCUUGCUCAUAAUUAAAUCGAUAAUUUCAAUCAUAAACUUAAACAACAUCUCCCAAAUUGGCCACGAAGACUGAACCAUGGCCGAAAACUCCUCCAAACAUCGUGUACUCAUCGUAGGUGCUGGAAUCGGCGGACUUGUACUAGCCCAAUGCCUGCGAAAGCAGAGCAUCCCGUUCGAUGUUUUUGAGAGAGACGAUGGACCUGCCGCGAGAUCUGGAUGGGCCAUCGGUAUACACACCCUUCUUGACGAAUUGGUUUCUUCUGUACCUAAUGACCUGCCACCAUUCGAAGAUUCGGUAAAUCAUUUGACACCCCUAAAUCUUCAGGUACAGUUGUCACUCUACCUUAAGGAUGGGCGUCGGGUGGUGCAGAGCACUCCCGAAUCACGCAUAGUCCGGGCGAACCGACUGCGCCUCCGAACAUGGCUUUCCGACAGAAUCCCGAUCCAAUGGGGAAAGAGACUUCUCAGAGUAGAAGAGGUCGACGACAAGGUUAAAUUGCACUUUGAAGAUGGUACGCAAGCCACUGGCGAUAUACUCGUUGGUGCUGAUGGAGUGAAUAGUGUCGUGCGAGAACACGUUCUUCGACGCCCGAAUAAAGAGACCCUUAAUACCAUCCCAGCGACGAUGAUUAUUGGCGAAACAACGUUGUCGGGUGAGCGUUUUGAGCGUCAAUUAUCUCUCGGUCACAGUUGCUAUGCGAAAAGUGCAGUUGAUGCUAGCUAUUUCCUCUUCGUGGGAUUGAGCCAGACGAGCCAGAAUGGAACCAACGGCCAGUACUACUGGUUCGUCGUUCGGAAGGACGACGAAGCCGGCAAGGAGGACCAUUGGCUUCGUUCAGCUUCACAGCUAGAAAAGCUAGAGCAUGCUCUCAAGUUAACUAGCCCCCUGGAUCCAAGAUUCACGGAAAUCAUCAGAGAAACCCCUGAAAGCGGGAUAUUGAAACAUUCUCAGGUACUCCGCGAUAUCGAGAUAGACGAAUUACCGACGGGUAGGAUCACGCUUCUAGGCGAUGCCGCACAUACGAUGACCCCUUUCCGCGGCGAGGGCGGCGUCCAUGCUAUUCGCGAUGCUCUCAAUCUUGGGAAGGCCUUAGGACAGCUCAAUUCCAACGAGUGUAGCGAGAUUAAGUCUCUUCUAGGUCUCUAUCAAGAAGAGAUGCUUGAACGAGGUGUCCUUGCUGUGAGAGGGUCUAGAAAUGCGCAGAAGGUCAACAGCGGAGAAGAUGGAGAUGCGCGUGUUUGGAAUCGGGCUCCGGUCGAGGCACCAGAGGAGAAUAUUUUACUCAAAGACUGUCUCCCAGGAUAUGUGUAUACUUGAGUUGAGAGGGCAUUUGGAAAUGGUACUAGGUACCUAGAUAAAGAUUAGGUGGGUAAAAAGUACUAGUAGUAAGUAGAUGGUAUAUAUUGACAUUGUUUUAUAUAAAAUAUUUAUCUAUUAUUCAC